AUGGCAGGCACAAUGAAGAAUGUAUUUAUGAUGAUUUUUGCCGGAGAAUUCAUAAUAGGGAUUUUGGGAAAUGGAUUCAUUAUAUUGGUUAACUGUAUCGAUUGGAUCAGGAGCUGGAAGUUCUUCCUGAUUGACUUUAUUCUUACCUGCUUAGCCAUUUCCAGGAUAUUUCUGCUGUGCAUAAUAAUGUUAGGCAUAGGUCUAGAUAUAAUUUGUAAGGAAAUAUGGUACAAUGAUAAUCAACUGAUAACCUUUGAAGUCCUCUGGACAGGAUGCAAUUAUUUCUGCACAAUCUGUACUGUGUGCCUCAGUGUCUUCUACUUCCUCAAGAUAGCCAACUCUUCCAAUCCCAUUUUCUUCUGGCUAAAACGGAGAAUUCACAGACUGCUUCUCAUUAUUGUCCUGGGAGCAGUCUUCUAUUUCUGCUUGUCCCUGCUUUUGAAGGAUAUAGUAUUUAAGAACAUGAUCAAAACCAAGGUAAACACUGAAAGCAAUGUGACAUUAAAUUUCACAGCGAGAAAAUAUGAUUUACUAACUUCUAAUAUAUUCCUGAACAUGCUAUUCGUCAUCCCCUUUGCAGUGUCUCUGGCUUCCUUUGUCCUUUUGAUCCAUUCCUUAUGGAACCAUACCAGGCGGAUGAAGGGCAUUGAUUCUGGGGAUCUUAUCACAGAGGCCCAUGUAAGAGCCAUGAAGUUUAUGAUUUCAUUCCUGCUCUUCUUCUUUAUAUACUAUUUGAGCAAUAUUAUAAUAUAUUUUGCCUAUGUUGUUCUGGAUAGUCUGGUGGCAAAAAUUUUUGCUAAUAUAUUAGUAUUUUCCUAUCCUUCUGGCCAUCCAUUUCUUCUGAUUUUAUGGAACUGCAAAUUGAAACAGGCUUCUCUCUAUGUCCUGAGGAAGCUGAAGUGGUGCAUGAAUCUAAGGAAACCCGCAUACAUAAAGCAUACCUGA